AUGAUGGGUUCACAUAUUGAAACACGGGUUGCUAUUGUCGCAGGGGCCACUUCUGGAAUGGGAGUUGAUCUCGCCAAGGACCUCUGCACAAAAGGAUGGAAGGUUGCUUGUGUAGGUCGGCGCCAGGAGGCCGGUGAAGCCCUCCUAAAAGACCUACCGCAAGACAGAGCGCAUUUCUUCGCCGCUGAUGUCUCCAACUACGAAGAAUACGCGAGUGUAUUCAGCAAAGUGUAUCACCUCUGGGGGCGUAUUGAUGCUUUAUGUGCCAAUGCCGGUAUUGUCGAUACAUCUUCUAUCUACAUCUACGACGCGAAGACCAACAGCAUCGACAACAUCCCGCCGGCACCGGACCUGUCUGUCGUGGAUAUCAACUACAAAGGCGUUGUGUAUGGGACCCAGCUGGCAAUCCAUUUCAUGCGCCAUAACCCGCAGCCUGGUGGUCGUAUUGUUGUCACGGGUAGUAUUGGCGCGAUCUUUCCCCACGAGUCGUAUCCGGUAUAUUGUGGCUCCAAGGCUGCGGUAAACCACUUUAUACGGGGUGUUGCCCCAUUGCUGAAGCAAAAGGAGAAUAUUUUCAUCAAUUGUGUCAUGCCGGGGAUUGUGAGCACGCCUAUUGUGCCACCCGAGAUGAUUGCCGCUGUCACGCCUGAAUGUCUCACCUCUGUGCAGACCAUUCUCAAAGGCUACGAAACCUUCCUAGAAGACUCGACCGGCCUGUCGGGUCAGCUGUUAGAGUGUUCAGCCGACAAGCUGAUCUACUACCAGAUGCCUGAACCUGGAAAUGGCCAUAUCACCAAGCGGGCUGUCACGGUCUGGGAGCCACUGUUUCGUAUCAUGCACGGGGAAGACUCUGGGCUUCCGGAUGCUAUUCCGUGA